AUGUCUUUGUGUGCAACUGAGCCACGGGCAGCUUUCACUCAGUUCCAGGAGUCAUCGUGUUAUGGGUACUGUAAGAAAAAGCCGAACCCAGAGUCUCACUUCUGCCAAGGCGUCCCUGAUGCUAAGAUCUGCAUCUUUGACCUCAGACAGAAGGCAAAAGUGGGUGAGUUUCCACUCUGUGCCCACAUGGAGUCAGAUGAAUAUGAGCAGCUCUCCUCCAAAGCCCUGGAGGCUACCUGUAUUUGUGCCAACAAGUACAUGGUGAAAAGCUGUGGCAAAGAGGGCUUUCAUCCCUGAGUGCCUCACCCUUUCCACAUCAUCUGCAUCAACAAGAUGUUGUCCUGUGCUGGGGCUGACAUGCUACAGACAGGUACCUAUUUGGCAUGUCUUUGGAGAGUCUUUGGACACAGUGGCCAGGUCCACAUUGGCCAAGCCGUCAUGUCCAUCUGCACCAAGCAGCAUGUGACCGAGGCCCUAUACAGAGCCAAGUUCAAGUUCCCUGGGCACCAGAAGCUCCACAUGUCCAAGAAGUGGGGCUUUACUCAAUUUCAUGUGGACAAGUUUGAAGACAUGGUGGCUGAAAAGCAGCUCAUCUUAGAUGGCCAUGGAGUCAAAUACAUCCCUAAUUGUGGUCCCUGGGGCAAAGAGUGGGCCAAGUACUUAUGA